GGGCACUCGGUGACAGACGCAGCACGGGUGUUUGUUCAUCUAGAGUUUCUGAUUCUGAUAACUUUAAAGUCUAGAGGAAAAUUUGAUCAUUGCUCAUGGAGGUCAAAACUCUCUUGCUUUUCAUUUUAUUUGUGCAUACAUGUGAUUCUGGGCACAUGGAGGAUUUUCCAUUUGGGUUUCUUAACCGGACAUUUGUAACAAAAUAUAAGGGAAAUAAUAGUGUGGUGGCAUACCAAAGCCAAACUACGUACUUUGAUAAGUUUGUUCUUGUCAUUAACGACAAGAUGGUCACACGUGUCAUACCCUCGAUCUACAUCUUCAUCAUCAUCCUUAGUUUGCCCCUGAAUGGUUUGGCCUUGGUGACAUUCACCUGUAAGAUUCAAAAGAAGAAACCAGGAGUGAUCUACUUGUCUCACCUGGCGUGUGUGGAUCUGCUCUUCACCCUGCUGCUGCCUCUGCAGAUCCACUACCGACUAAAUGGUUCAAAUUGGAAGUUCAGUGAGGCGGCGUGUCGUUUGCUCACUGCGGCUUACUACGGCAACAUGUACUGCUCCAUACUGCUGAUGAUGUGCAUGAGUGUGGACAGACUGCUGGCCGUGGCGUUUCCCGUCGCUUCUCUGACCUGGAGGAGCACAAGGAAAGCCACAUUCAUAUGCACAUUAGUCUGGCUACUGGCGCUUGCUGGUACAGUCCCGCUUCUCUCAAUGAAACAAACAUUCACUUUCCAGAAUCUGGAAGUCACCUGCUUUGAAAUGUUUGACUACAACACUUUCAAAACAUUAUACUUCUACGUGUUGUCAAUUCUCCCCUGCGUUUUCUUCUUGCCGCUGAUCGUCAUCUUAGUGAGCUACUCUACUAUCAUUUAUGUGCUCUGUGCUAAACGUGGUCACUCAGUAACUUCAUCAUCUUCCUCAGACAGUCGAAGGAGGGCUGUGAUUAUGGUCACUGCUGUGCUGACUGAGUUUGUGGUGUGCUUUGCACCAUCCAAUGGCAUCCUGUUGUACCACUGUGUUCGUUCAGCCAUGAAAAGCCAAGGGUGGGACACCUACUUGGCUUACCUGAUGGCUGUGUGUUUGGGAACCUCAAGUGUUUUUCUGGACCCUCUGCUGUACUAUUAUGGAUCAUCUCAAUACAGAGAGCAGAUCCACUCUGUGUUUUUGGGCUGCAAGGCAAAAAGGGCUGACGUACCAUCAAACACAACACAAAACACACACACAAAUCCUAUCUAAGCUGCACCGUGUAACAAACAGCCUAAAAAAACAGCAGAUCUCACUUUAAACUAUUUACAUUGCAUUUAGUGGACGCCUUUAUCAAAUGCAAACGCUUACACUUCAUUUCAUUAUUUCAUACAAUCUGCAGGAAUGAUUAUCUGUCUGCCAACUAUGUAGUAAGUAAAUGUGUGAAAAAAAAAUAUAUUAACUAGACUACUGUGUUACUAGACACAUUUUUAGAGUAAUCUGUCACUGUUGUUAUACUUUAUAUGCAAACAGAUCUAUCUAUCUAUCUAUCUAUCUCUCUGUCUGUCUAUCUAUCUAUCUAUCUUUUGCUGUAUCGAUCCACUAUAUCACCCAUAUACUGUCUCUCUAUUAACAAAUAAAUAAACAUAACUUGAUUAUCA